AUGCAGAGUGCUUCAGCUGCAGCAGAAGAUAUCACCCAGCUGAAGAAAAAACGGGGAGACUAUCUCACAGCCCCAUUUGACCCACGCUUUCCAAACACCAACCAGACCCGGAAUUGCUUCCAGAAUUACCUGGAUUAUCACCGCUGUGUGAAGACCAUGAGAGCCAAAGGCAAGGACAUAAAGGUAUGCGAAUGGUACCACAAGGUGUACAAAUCCCUGUGUCCCAUUUCAUGGAUAAAGCGCUGGGAUGAGCAACGAGAAGAGGGAACCUUUCCUGGCAAGAUAUAAACUUUACCUUCUUUGCCUCAGGGAGACCCACUAGGAACAUCCCACAGCAGGCGUUCUUCCAGCCC